CGGAGGUCGCGAGUUAGGCUCAGCGCUUUUCUGCAGAGGAGGCAACUGGAGCAUCAUGCGGAGCAGAGGCGCGCGGAGCCCGAGGAGACCGAGAUCUGAUCUUUGUCACUCAGUUUAUCAUUAAAAAUCGUUUCCACUGAUGCUGCAGGGGAACAAUCUUUUAUUUCUAUCACGGAUUUUUAUCAUGGGAAACUGAACUUUAAGGCACACUCGAGGCGCACGUUUGGAUACGGCUCACGCGUAAUUGCGCACAAGAGGACUUUCAGCAGCUCCGUGCGCGUGCGGGUCUCACCGUCGGACAUGGAUCAGUCUCCACCAGUGUGCUGCCAUGUAUCUGCUGGUGAUGUCUCUCGGCUUCUGAUGGAUAGAGGGAUUGUCAGCACUACUACCUUCUCCGCCCCAUCCCGAGUAACAGUCCUGCCGCUGGUGGAAUUAAAAGAGGACCCGGAUCCUAUCUUUGACCCCAAGGAGCGAGAUUUUAAUGAGACCGCAUUAAAAAGCAUCCUGGGAGACUUUGACAGUCGUUUUUUGUCCGUUUUACCUCCAACAGAGGACAAACACACCGGGAACGAUGAGACCGAUGUUGGGAUCCAAAACCCGGGGGGAGUACUCCCGAAAGAAAUCCGAGCCGUGGAUUUUGACAUCCAGUUCGGCAAGAAGCACAAGCCCAGCAAGAAACUGAAGCGGCGGCUGCAGCAGUGGCUGUGGGCCUACUCGUUCUGUCCGGUCGUGUACACCUGGACCGACCUGGGCAACAGAUUCUGGCCGCGGUUUCUGCGAGAGGGCCAGCUGCUGAGCAAACGGUCGUGUUCUGUUCCGGAGGGGAUGGUGUGUAAACCUGCGAAACUCUACCCACCUGACGAUACUGAGAUGAGAUGCCAGAGGAAGGGGGGCCUAAAAUGCGAAUGGAUACCGGUGCAGUACCCGAUCAUUACAGACUGCAAAUGCUCCUGUUCAAGUUAAAAGAAAAGACUGAAGAUAAAUUAUAAGCUCAGUAUUUUUCCGAAUCUUCUUCACAUGCACUACCGAGUGUAGGAAUGUAUUUUCUGUAUAUGCGGUGCCACGCAGUUAUAUAUAACUCCCUGUAAAAAAAAAAAAAAAAAAAAAAAAAAAAAAAAAAAAAUCAGUAUUAUUUGUAACCAGAGUCUACUUUAUUUGUGGAGAAUAUUGGUUAUAUAUUUUGUAAUUUAUGGAGAGAUGGCGCAUAGAGCCACGUAAGGACUUGCUGUUCCACCUGUGGACGCAGCGAACCGACCUCAGAGUUAAACGUGGAUUAUCGAUACAGUCGUUGCAUCGGUGACUUGUUUUAUCCUGUAAAUUU